AUGACGCCUGUCGCUGAUUUAUCCAAGACUUUAGAUCUCUCUAUCUUGAGGAACAAAUCUGCACUUGUAACGGGCGGAGCAUCAGGCUUGGGGGCUUUGAUCGCCACCAGCCUUGCAGAGAAUGGAGCUUGUGUCACGAUCGCGGAUAUCAAUGAAGAAUUAGCCAAAGAAUUUGUUGCAGCAUCGAGCACGAAGGGAUUACACCUCAAUUAUGCAUCUACCGAUGUGACAGACUGGCAGUCUCAAGUGAAUGCUUUCAAGAGUGCAAUAGAAUUUUCGAACGGUAGGAGUAUCGACGUGGUGGUCGCUGCCGCUGGAGUGCCAGGUCAGGCAUUCAUAACACAAGACGAAGAACCGCCAUCUUUGGAAAAAGAUCCGCCACAGCCACGGAGCGUUGGUCUCAAUCUCGAUGUGAACGCUAAAGGUGUACACUACACCAGCAAGCUGGCGCAGCAUUACUUUGCACUGCCUCCCUCAUCCGAAACCAAAGCGGCGCCGGACUUCCGAAAGGCUCUUGUGGUCAUAAGCUCGUUGGCAGGCUAUCUCGAACUUGAAAAUGUCGACUACACCGCGUCUAAGUGGGCUAUUAGAGGCUUGUUCCGUUCAAUAAGAUCCAAGAUGGAGGAUCUGGGCUACCGGAUAAACCUGAUUGCGCCCUGGAUCAUGGAUACUCCGAUGUCGAAAGAUUUUGCGGAUAUGUGUAGGAAAUUCGGAUUCCCUGUUGGUGAUGCCGAUGAUGUGGCCAAGGCUGUCAUCAGAUGUGCAGCGGACCAGACCCUCUACGGCCGAGCUCUGGCGAUUGCACCUACUAAAACAUUUGAUCUGCGAGAUGAUCUUGAAGGACUGAACGCCGGGAUUAAGAUGAAAGAAUUUUUGGAAGGAGAGGCUAAAGAGUUUAUGGAAUAUUUUGGCCAGAGGGUCUAG